UGAAAACUACAAACCUUGAAUGUCAUGGAAGAAUGAAUAUUCUCAAUAGAAAAUUACAAAUUCUGUCGUAAUUAUUGAAAGUGCUGAAGGUUUAAAGUGAGUAUACACUUGAAGUGAAAGUAAGUACAGUUACUCUGAAAGAUUGGAGACGGCGUUCAGUUAUCUCACGGAACUCCUACUGCACACAUCUACAUAAUGGAGAAGAAAACUAUUCUGCUCCCAAACGGACAGUUAAUGCCAAUAGUGGGCUUUGGUACAUGGCAGGCAAGUGAAGAGGAACUACAGGGUGCAUUAAAUGUCGCUUUGGAAGCAGGAUAUAGACAUAUUGACGCAGCACCAGUGUACGAAAAUGAAGGGAUAAUUGGUAAAGUUCUUAAAAAAUGGUUUGAUUCUGGAAAAAUUAAACGAUCUGAAGUCUUCGUCGUCACAAAGCUUCCUCCAGUUGGAAACAGACCAGAAGACGUCGAAUACUGGAUUAAAAAAUCUUUGCAAGAUUUGCAAUUAACAUACGUAGACCUUUACUUAAUUCAUACGCCCUUCACGUUUGAAAAAUCUGGAGAGGAGUUACAUCCGUUAGAUGAAAAUGGGAAAAUUAAACUCGAUAACAGUACGAAUCCCGUAAAAGUUUGGACUGAAAUGGAGAAACAAGUAGAAUGUGGGCGAACAAAGGCUAUUGGACUAUCGAAUUUUAACAUUCCCCAAAUUGAGCGAAUUUUAAACAACGCAAAAGUAAAAGUGUCGAUGUUACAAGUUGAAUUACAUGUCUACUUUCAACAAAAACAAUUGGUAAAAUAUUGUAAAGAAAAGAACAUACCUAUGACGGCUUAUUCGCCGCUUGGUUCACGGGGGCUUGUUAAAUUACUGAAUAAAACAGAAGAAAUUCCAGAUAUGCUACAAAAUGAUGUCGUAUGUAAAAUAGCAAAGGAAUACGGAAAAUCAUCUGCACAAAUUUUACUGCGAUAUAUUGUGCAAAAUAAAAUCAUCGUUAUCCCAAAAAGUACGAAUCCUCAGAGAAUUGAAGAGAAUAUACAAUUAUUCAAUUGGGAACUUAAAUCAGAAGAUAUGGAGAAACUGAAAAACCUGGACCUUGGUGAAGCUGGUAGGAUUUGUGACUUUAGUUUCUUUAAGGGAAUUGAGCAACAUGUUGAGUUUCCUUUUUAA